AUGGUGGAAUGCCGUGGUCAAGUACGUCACCUAGCUCUGAAACUCAUUCAGUACCGCUAUAUCUAACCUCAAACUUUCUACCACAGCUCGGCCCAAUUGAACGCACUCUAGCAAUUUGGGUGAAGAAAAGUAUUCCACGUCCCGCGGAUGCUGUAAUUGAAACCAAGGCUCGCUUUUUUACGGCUAUGUGUGGGAAUGAUGACGAUUGUGCCUUGGUCAAUACUACUGGUUGGGUUGAGCGGUUUAAGGAAAGGAAUGGUAUUCUUAAUACCCCUCUGUAGAUAGCAGAGACCCAUAUCCAAACUCGCCCCUACUCCCAUUGCCCCCGAUUACGGGCGGUACGCCGUUUGUCAAUACAGGACAUCCACAGAUCUGGCCUGCCAGCUUUUCACACCAGCAAAUGCCAAUGUGGACUUCGCCAGAACCAGGCCCGAUAAGUUCACUGGCGCAAGCUCAGCACGGGUUACAUGACAAAGACGAGAGGCGAUUAGUUGAUCCGCAGCAACUUCAGCAGCAACUUAACGAACCUCGGACACGAGCAGUCGGGACAGGGUCAAAGUUUAACGCUGAGAACCAAGUUCCACUAAUUACAACAACACUGCAGUUUCCCGGCAAUAGUGAGGGUUGGGCUACGAACAAUGGUGGAAUGCCGUGGUCAAGUACGUCACCUAGCUCUGAAACUCAUUCAGUACCGCUAUAUCUAACCUCAAACUUUCUACCACAGCUCGGCCCAAUUGAACGCACUCUAGCAAUUUGGGUGAAGAAAAGUAUUCCACGUCCCGCGGAUGCUGUAAUUGAAACCAAGGCUCGCUUUUUUACGGCUAUGUGUGGGAAUGAUGACGAUUGUGCCUUGGUCAAUACUACUGGUUGGGUUGAGCGGUUUAAGGAAAGGAAUGGUAUUCUUAAUACCCCUCUGUAG